AUGCCUACUGCACCAAAACAGCGAAAGAUAGCUAUCGUUGGUAGUCGGUCUGUGGGUAAAUCUUCCCUUACGGUUCGAUUUGUUGAGCAUCAUUUUGUAGAAAGUUAUUAUCCGACUAUCGAGAACACGUUUAGUCGAAUCAUCAAAUACAAUGGCCAAGAUUUUGCAACGGAAAUUGUUGACACAGCUGGUCAAGAUGAGUACAGUAUCUUGAACUCCAAGCACUUUAUUGGGAUUCAUGGGUAUAUCAUUGUCUACUCGGUGGCGUCCCGCCAGUCUUUCGAUAUGGUGAGGGUUAUUCGAGACAAGAUACUAAAUCACCUUGGAGCGGAUUAUGUGCCCCUUGUGGUUGUCGGAAACAAAAGUGAUUUGAAAUCCGAACAACGUCAAGUAUCAUUGGACGAAGGCCGGGGCUUAGGAGAAGACUUCCAUUGUGCUUUUACCGAGGCUAGUGCCCGUCUUGGCUACAAUGUUGAGAAAGCCUUUGAUUUAAUGAUAGGGGAGAUCGAGAAGUCCCAGAAUCCGUCGCAACCCACAGGAGGGAACAAGUGUGCCGUAAUGUGA